AUGGCGUCUGAGCGAUACAGUUUCUCGCUUACAACUUUCAGCCCUUCUGGAAAAUUGGUGCAAAUCGAAUAUGCUUUAGCUGCUGUGGCCGCCGGCGGGACCUCCGUCGGUAUUAAAGCAUCUAAUGGCGUAGUAAUAGCGACAGAAAAUAAACACAAAAGCAUAUUGUACGAUGAACACAGUGUUAACAAAGUAGAAAUGAUUACAGGUCAUAUAGGUAUGGUCUACUCCGGUAUGGGUCCAGAUUACCGUCUCCUGGUUACUCAAGCUCGUAAGAUGGCUCAGCAGUAUUUCUUAAUGUAUCAUGAGCCCAUACCAACUGCUCAGCUUGUUCAAAGGUUGGCAACGGUGAUGCAAGAGUAUACACAGUCUGGUGGUGUCCGUCCAUUUGGAGUAUCCUUGCUGAUUUGCGGUUGGGAUGGGGACCGGCCAUAUUUGUUCCAGUGCGACCCGUCAGGGGCCUACUUUGCAUGGAAAGCUACAGCAAUGGGCAAGAACUUUAAUAAUGGCAAAACAUUUUUAGAGAAAAGAUACACUGAAGAUCUGGAAUUAGAUGAUGCAGUGCAUACAGCAAUAUUAACUCUCAAAGAAGGAUUUGAAGGUCAAAUGACAGCGGAUAACAUUGAAGUUGGCAUUUGUGAUGCAGCCGGGUUCAGAAGACUCGAGCCGGCUCAUGUCAAGGACUAUCUAGCAAAUAUUCCCUAA